AUCCUCGCCAUUUUACAGUGUGAGAGACAGAGGCCACCUUUAUUGAUAAAGGAUAAAGCAUAUUUUUUGUAUUUUGUUCUGAGGCCAAAGAUCUUUCAGAUUUGCCGGUUCAGCAUGGAGGACAGCAGUGGAGUUGCCAUCUUGGUCCCCCACUCUAGAGGCCAACGGGAGUCUGUCUUCCUCCCUGAAAGGGUGGAAACGCCCCCAGGUACCCUGAUGGAGCCUAGGGAUGAUGACCAGGGGCAGCAGCAGAAACAGGCUGCAGACUCCCUCAUCGAGGUGAUCGAGAAGCUCAGCAAGAUCGUGGAGAAGCGCCCGCGUCGAUUCACCCUGGCUGGGAAGAAGAGAGCCCUCAUGUCCUGUGCCUCCGUCAGAGUCCCAGAGAUCAGGGAGGGCAGUGGUGGGUCCUCCCCCUGCAAGAGAGCCCGGGAGUUGGAGGAAGAGGUGAAAGAUCAGAAAAUCCAGCCAGACAACAGUGCACCCGCUGGCAGCAGUAGGACCAUCACCUGUUACCAGUGCAGCCUGUGUCGGUUCCUGUCCCCGACCUUGAGCCUGCUGAAGGAGCAUCUGCGGCAGCACGAUGAGCAGCACAGUGACCUCAUCCUCAUGUGUUCUGAGUGUCGCUUCACCUCCAGCCACCAAGAGGAGCUAGAGGCCCAUGUCAGGCUCCACUUUGACUGCAGCAACUCUAACAAGAACCCUGUAUCCAGCCAGCAGGCCAGCGAGGGAAAUGAGGGGUUAGGGAUGGGGGGUAGUGUGAAGGAGGCUGUGUUCAAAACUGCCAUGGACUGUGCUGAGGACACCCCUGCUAAGAAGAAGUGGUACAGCUAUGAGGAGUAUGGGAUGUACCGCUGCCUGAUCUGCAGCUAUGUGUGUGGACAGCAGCGAAUGUUAAAGACCCAUGCAUGGAAGCACGCAGGUCUGGUGGACUGCUCUUACCCUAUCUUUGAGGACGAGGCAGUGGCACCAGCACCUCCUGUAGUUCCUCCUGCAGAAGAAGCCAUAGUAGUCCUCACACCGGUCCCAGAGAAAUCUCAGAACCUCAACAAGAUGUCCACAUUCCAGAUCAACCUCUGUGCCCCUGUGGCGGAAUGUGGGAAUGAGGCCGUGACAGAACCGAUCACAGAGGAGAGCCCAGUGGAGGGGCCAUAUCCCUCUAAAGACCCUGUCACUGAGGAACCAAUGUUGGAGGUACAGGUGACCACAGAAACUGAGGUGGAACCUAUGCAGGGCUGUUGUCAUAUUACCAGUACAAAAGACAGCCUCCUGUCGUCAGCCCAGAAGAUCAUCAGCUGCAGCCCCAACAGUGCAGACCAUGUCAAUGUCAUAGUGGAACGACUGCCCUGCGCAGAGGAACCUGUGGCCACCCAGCCCCUCCCCAUCCUCCCCAGCCCAGAGGUGGGCAGAGACAAGAGCCUGCUGGCUGCAGAGGAGGCGCACCAUGUGGAGAACCAGCCAAUGUUUGUUGACAAGGAUGGGCAGCAGGAGGUGGUGAUUGGCUGGAGCAACAGUGAGAGGCAGCAGACCACUACGGACCCUCCACGUGACGAGAACGCUCCCCCAGCCCGCAGGAGGACCCACUCUGAGUCUCUGAGGCUUCACUCCCUGGCCGCUGAAGCCCUGGUGACCAUGCCCAUGAGGACCGCGGAGCACAUCAGGAGCAUCGUGGGUCAGGGCUCCCAGAGCCCUGACACGGGCCAGUGGCUCCUGGAGAUGGCCACGGCUGCAGCAGUAGCAGCCGACAGAGUCCCUGCAGCAGUAGAGGAGCUGACCGGCAUGGGCAAUGUGGGGGCAGCGCUGGUAGACCUGGAGUUGCAGGGGUCCAGAGAGGACGGGCUGGCCGAGGGCCCCACCAAGGCUGGCAUCAGCCUGUCCCUGCUGACGGUCAUAGAGAGGCUAAAGGAGCGCUCGGACCAGAAUGCCACGGACGAGGACAUCCUGAAGGAGCUCCAGGACAAUGCCCAGAGCCAGCACGCUGGGGAGGUCAGCGCCUGUGGAGGGGGGGACCCGGAUAACCCUGGUGGGGGUCUGGUGGACUACAUCCCUGGCAGCGAGAGGCCCUACCACUGUCGCCUGUGUCGCUACAGUAGUGGGAACAAGGGCUACAUCAAGCAGCACCUGCGAGUACACCGCCAGAGACAGCCCUAUCAGUGUCCCAUCUGUGAACACAUUGCCCUGGACAGCAAAGAUCUAGAGAGCCACAUGAUCAACCACUGCAAGACCAGGAUGUACCACUGCAAGGAGUGUACUGAGGCCUUUUAUUACAAAAGUCAGCUGAGGAACCACGAGACAGACCAGCACGGUUUGGGCGACACCGGCGCAACACUAACCCCUGUCACUGACACCACGGCCACCGCGGAGGGAUCUGUAAAGAUGACAGACGAUGACUCCAUCAGUUCGCAGAAGGUGUACAAAUGUGACGUGUGUGAUUACACCAGCUCCACUUACGUUGGAGUUCGGAACCACCGGAGGAUCCAUAACUCUGACAAGCCUUACAGGUGCUGCAGCUGUGACUUUGCCACGACCAACAUGAACAGCCUGAAGAGCCACAUGAGGAGACAUCCCCAGGAGCACCAGGCUGUCCAGCUACUGGAGCAGUACAGGUGUUCACUGUGUGGCUAUGUGUGCAGUCACCCUCCGUCCCUCAAGUCUCACAUGUGGAAGCACGCUGGCGAUCAGAACUACAACUACGAGCAGGUGAACAAAGCCAUCAACGAGGCCAUCUCCCAGAGCGGCCGUUCCCCCAGUGCCCCGCAGAAGGUUCCUGCAGUGGCAGAGCAGUCAGGUGUGGUGCAGGGUGGGAAGGAGGACCCAGCCCCUCUAGCAGGAAUCCCUGUGGACAGUGUGGGAGCUGGCUCAGGGGCAUCAACAGAGCUCAUCCAGUGGUCCUCCAGAGAGCCUGCCCCCCAGAGUGAAACCCCCCAGCACAGCCCCCUCGGGAUGGAGGGGGUCCAGUCCCGGGCCGGCAUGGAGUAUUGUGUGCUGCUGUUCUGCUGCUGUAUCUGUGGCUUUGAGUCUACCAGCAAGGAGAGACUGAUGGAGCACAUGAAGGAACAUGAGGGAGACAUCAUCAGCAUCAUCCUGAACAAGGAGCAGCAGCAAGGAGCAGCCCAACCAGCAGAGGGCAGCACAGCACAGUGAGACAGCAUUUAACCCCAUACCCCAACAGAGAGCCAGGAACCUACCCCCUCACUCAGACUGACUUAAGUCUGACCUAACAGGGAAGUACUGUACCUUGCAUCUUGUUUUCUGGUUCUUAAUUUCAUGUACUUAACAGAAGGUUACAAAAAGUGUCUCUGUUGGAGCUCAGACAUAUAGAAAAUUGGAAAAUUCCAAUUUCAAGGAUUUGCAGUAAAAUGUUAUACCUGAACAAGUUCAGACACGUUUAAUACCUCAGCAAACAGACAUUUCCGUAUUUACAAAUGGAGCUCAGUCCAUUUUACUCAGCAAACAUAUAUUGACCACAUGGCAGCUUUUCUAUACAAAUAUUUUAAUAUAAUUUAAUAUAUUUAAUCCUUCACAUUUAUAGUUUAUCUGUGGCACCUGCACUAGGCUGUACAGAGAUGCCAUCUACUUGCAUGUUGUUUUUCAUCAUAGCUAUAUUUAUAUUUUAAUAUGGGUUAAUACAACCUGGUCUCAGAGCAUUUCGUAUUAUUCUGUACGUAAAUCUGAGACAAUCGAUAUUGUACAUUUUGCAAAUUCUUAACAGCUGUUAGCCACCUAGCGAUAAUUCGUAACAUAGCAUAUAUUUAGCAAAUUUCAUAACAUAUUGUAUGUUUUGCAAAUUCGUAACAUAAAAUAUGAAUUGUAAUUCGUAACAUAUCAUACGAAAUGGAUGGUGGACUUCCACAAAUUAAUACAUACCAUGAGAAACGUAACCUAUCAUACUAAUUUGAGUGUCCUGGAUUUACCUUUUACUAUGUUACGUCUAGCCUAUGAGACCAGGCUGGUUAAUAAUAUGUAUCAAUGUAGGCGUGUUGGUUUCCGUUAUGUCGAAGCGAAGGAGAUGCCUUGUUUUGUUCAAUGCACUGUUUGAUGCUAUUUUGACCUAUUGGACCUCUGGAAAGUUAUGGUAAUGAUGGGUCACUUGAGGGUGGUUUCCUAAAGCUGUAGGAUAGAUAGGCUGGCACAAGUUGUUGUUUUACCAGAAAAACACCACAGCAUCAAGGGCUCUUGAGGCAGAAAUAUGUUUGGGCGGAAUCUUUAAGCUACGAUCAGUCUAUUAUGGUGCAUAUUAGUGGUCGCGCUCGACCCGGGUGUAACGGUGGCGAGAUGGUAAAUGGACAUCCAUUGAACUUUGAUUGCGGCCAACACCCAACUGUGUUUAGCUUAGGCUACUUAUAGUUACUUUAGUGAAAGUAUUACUGUUCUGGUUACGAUCAUCUUUUCUAGAUUCAUGUUUUAGUUAAAUAAUUUCCAAGUUUAUCACUUGAAUAUGUUAAGCAAUUUCCAAAGUUUCUCCAUAUAGGCCUAGCACUUGUAGAUAAUGGAUAGAUGGAGUGAUUGACAUCCGAGCACAGAGCGGUGUGCUAGUAUACUAAACCUUUGCGAGAACAAAGGAAUAGCAGGUUCAAUAGCAGGUUCAUUAGUAGCCUGUCUCUAAUCUGUGCUGUAUUGACCAAUAGCAGAGGUUGAUAUAUGACCAGCUUUUCAAGUGAUAGGCCUAUAGGCCUACUGUAGACUGACAUUGAAUAUGGUGUUUUCCGUUUGACUGCCUCUGCUAAAGUGUUUCCGAACUUCACUCACCUUUCCGUUUAGUUUCACACUAAACAUGCUUGGUAUGCAGAGUGGCGACAUGGAAAUAAUUGCCAUGCCCUUACUGUUUUUACAUAGACAGAUGGGUGUAGGAAAUGAUGAUCAAAUUAAAUAUCCAUCAUUCAUGGGAUUUCCCGGAUUUGCGUUUGUGUCGCUCAAUGUAUCAAAUAAAUGUAAUCAUUAUCUUCUGCACGCUGAAAUUCUCAUUAUAAGCGGCAGAUUAUUAUUGUCUCACGUUCAUUUACAAUUCAAAGUACUAAUGUUAGGAAGACCGUGACGGUCUGCAUUUAAACCGCACUUAAUUCCCCCACCCCACAUUUACAUAGUUUGCAUUUUAAUGAGUGGUUGGGUGAAUUAAAGCAAGCGACAACCAGGGAGAACCUCAUGCUGAUCAUAGAUUAUACGUGGCAGAACGUGGCCUAUCAAGGUUUAUGGCCGCCGCUUUUUGUAUGAUUCUAUUUGUUAUUUGUGGACGUACUGUAGCGCAGCUUCUUGCUGUGUCUUUCUGGGGGCCUAAUGAUCUUCUUACCUAUGCAGACCAUGAGACAGAGGGGAUACAGUGGGGGAAAGGGAACUGACUAUGGGCCUAAAUGAAUUGAUUUGGUGGUUUUGGGUCAGAUGUGCAAAUAGUUUUGGAUAGAUCUGACAUCAUAUUUCUUGUGGGAAAGCUUCAGGUUAUUUUAAUGUUCAUUUUGCCCCAUGCGGAGUUGGCUAAAUGUGUCAUUUCGUGAAGGCAAUUUGUUAUUUCUGUAGAGCUUAUCUUUUGUUUGUUGGUUCAGUAUUUACAUUGUCACAUGUAGGAAAUUGAAACCUUAGAUCCAGGACGAAGUCUCUUUGUUUUUAUGUGUCGAGUGUGAAAAACAAACCAGAGAGCCUGGAACCUACUACCAGACCCCGUUCGAACGCACUUAAAUAUUUUUGUCUUGCCCGUUCACCCUCUGAAUGGCACACAUACAAUCCAUGACUGAAUUGUUCUAAUACAUUUGUUCAGUAGCUUAUGUCCGGUCUGCUGGCAAGAUUGUAUACUCAAGUAGGUAUACUACCAUGCUUGUUUAUCUCCUAUACUCCUUGUUAUUUGUCUAUUCGAGUCGGGAAAUGUUAGAUUUCAGAUGGAGACGCAUCCGUGUGAGUCUACCACUCUGUCUCCCCCCGGCUUUCAUUUCAGAAAUUAGGCUAUGAACUGACAUGAGAACCUGGAUGGGAGAGGAAAGUUCUUUAUAGGGUAUGUGACAUCUGAUGUGGAUGAUUUGGACAUGUUCUUAGUUUGACUAACCAAAUCUAAUCCCCAGCUCCCUACUCAUUCAACUGCAGGGUGCCAUGUGAUGGGUAACCGUCAAAUAGAUUGUGAAUUUUCAAAGACAUUUUACUGUGAUAUUAAUGAUCAUCCUGUCAACGUUUGUGCCUUUUUGAUUUGAGUCUCUUGUAGUCAUUCGAUAGCUAUUUGUUAUAGGCUAUGUCUGCCCGUGGGUGCUGUUGUGCGCCCAUCUGUUCAGAAUGAUGUUCCCAGGAGGUCUUGGGUGUUACUCAGUCAAAGCUGAAUAGCCUCUGUAACACCUCCCCUUUCUCUGUGACGUAUCCAAUCACUUGGUACUGUAAUUUCCCACUUGGGUGCACGCUGGUUGGAUCAAUGUUGUUUCCACAUCAUUUCUUAAAAUGACAUUGAACCAACGUGGAAUAGAUGUUGAAUUGAUGUCUGUGCCCAGUGGGAUGGGUCUGUACAUAAAUAGUUGAAAUACUGUAGUAUUGCAAACUGACUUUUUUAUAAUCUAUUUUUAAAUAUAUUGUAAAGAAAAAACACUAAGUCCAUUUAAAAAAAAAAAAAAUUAAUAAACAAAUUUGCUAACAAUUUGGAAAAUGGCUGUGCUUUUUAAUUGACUGUAAUGUAUUUGAGGGGAGUGUUUGAGUUUUACACUGAGCUGCAUGCAUUUCAUGCCAAAGGAGAAAAUGUGAUAUCUCACUUACGCUGUUCAGUGCUUACCGUGUUUCAAGUUCAGUGUAAUGUGUGGACACAGGAUUCACUCCGUUAGGCCACACAGAGCGAUGCUUGCUAUCUAUUUAUUUUGGUCAUCAUAGACAAUAUUAUGUCAUGACUCAGCCAGUGUAUUUUUUUGUAAUAAAUACUUUGUGGAUAAA